UUUACAAGGAACAAAGUUUGGCAUCUGCAUGAGGUAGCUAAAGUCAGUUUAACUGAUUUAUUGUUGGAUAAAAAGUACUUGACUAUCAGUGCUCCCAUCCAUAACUGUUCCGCUCCAAACACAGCUGCUUUCAAUGAGGAGGAUAAAAAUGAGAAUAUAACAGAAUCAGUGGGUUCUUCACUGCUACCUAUGGGACAUUACCUAGAAUCAGAUUUGCUUUUGAAAGUAAGAGUGGGAAUAGCUGUGCCAUUGGGAAUGCAUGUAGAAAUUGCUGAUGCUCAAGUCACAAAUUGCCCAUAUGGUUGUAUAAUCUACAUAUUUUACUACAAUAAUUCAUCAUUAUUGCAUGAUUUGGUGGAAUAGAUUACAGAAAUCAAUGCGAAAGCCCUCCAUCUGGACUGCUAUCCUCUACCCUUAAUCCGAAUGGCUCUUGCUGCAUUAAAACUGAAAACCACACUUGAGAAAGUCUCUGAGUUGGAUAUUGUUACUGGUUUUCACUUACUGGAUGGAGCAACUCAUGUCUUUGUACUGAAGGGAUUAAAAGACAAAGCAAUCGAGAAACUAUGGAAUAAGCACUUUGAAAGAUAUAUGAGCACAUACAUAGCUGAUGCUUUCUAUGCGGUUUUAGUGGAUAUGAGUCCCAGUGGCUGCUUCACUUGA